UUUUAAUCGAUCUCAGGUCGCCAUCCUUACCCCAAUCCACAUCACUAUUUAUUCAUUAUUUGACGGCUGACGCCAAUUUGACGCAUCGUGGGACGCUCUAGUUCGCGCUGUUAAUUAUUUUUUCGUCUUUGUUUCCUAGUAUUUUUAACAGUUUCAGGCAAUGUCGGGUAUAGCAAGUGCACGUUUAGCCGAGGAGCGGAAAGCUUGGCGCAAGGAUCAUCCCUAUGGUUUCGUCGCCAGACCUAUGAAAAAUCCCGACGGAUCAUUGAAUCUCAUGACAUGGGAAUGUGCCAUUCCUGGAAAAAAGGGGACUCCUUGGGAGGGAGGUUUGUACAAGUUACGAAUGAUUUUCAAAGAUGAUUACCCGUCUAGUCCUCCAAAGUGCAAAUUUGAACCACCCCUGUUUCAUCCUAACGUGUACCCAUCUGGAACUGUGUGUUUAUCACUCCUCGAUGAAGAGAAGGACUGGCGUCCCGCUAUCACAAUCAAACAGAUCCUCCUUGGCAUUCAAGAUCUUCUUAAUGAACCAAAUGUGAAGGAUCCAGCACAGGCUGAGGCGUACACCAUCUAUUGUCAAAACCGGCUAGAGUAUGACAAGAGAGUGAGAGCGCAGGCGCGUGCUAUGGCUUCAGCUGAAUGAAACAGUAUACAUUCUACAACAUUCCCUAAUACAACAGGAAUGCAAUAACUAGCUUUGUUAGCAGGAGGAUGUUGUGUAUCUAUUCUCUCUUUUGUUUUUAUUUUAUUACAACAAAAUAUGUAUUUAAUUGUUUUUAAGAAAUCAAGCAAGUUUAUUUCAAUUACAUAAAUCAAAAAUUUAUCCUUCAUACUUGAAUAAAUAAAUGCAUUUCGCAAACAUUACAUUGUCUGAAAUUAACUUCUUCUUUAUUGCAAUUAUAGAUUUGAAUUAUAUCUCCCAGUUGAACAUAUCUAAACUAAUAUUAUAAAGAGUUAAGACUUGAUUGAUUGUUUGUUAGUUAGUUACAAUUUAACUCAAAAACUACAAUCUACAUCUUCAUUGAGUAACAUAGGCUAUAUUUUAUCGCUGGAUUCCUGUGGGACAGGAAACUAUGUGCUAUGUCCGCUAGUAAUGAAUAAACAAAGAAUUUUGUAAUACAAAAUAUUUGGCAGUGUCACUUUGAUGCUUGCUUUUAAUAUGUAUGUACAAUUAUAUCUGUAUUUAUUUUAAACUGAAUUGGCUAUUGAUUUUUUAGUAAUUUUAUUUUAUUCCUUCUAUUAGUACUCGAUUAAAUCAAAUGAAUUUGUGAUUAUUGCAAUGUUUCUAAAUUACAAAAGGGUUAUAUCAGAAUGUAAAGGGUAAUGUAAAUCACGAAUCAGUAUGGUUAUUUAAUGUAAAUCCUCUUGCUACACUGUGUUCUAAAAGAGAUUAGGUUUAAGUAGUGUUAAAUUAUUUACUAUUGAAAACCAAAUUGUUUUCAGUAAAUAAUUUAACAAAAUGUAAUAAAUUAUAAGUCAAACUAGAAAUUAAUGGCCCCUUCACACUAAUGUAGAAUUUGAACGUUUGUGCAGUGCAGAUGUAAAAACUUAGUAUUUAUACUUGUUGCCGAUGCAGAGUUUUCAUCGCUAUAAUCUUUUAGGGGCUGUAUAUGAUUGAGGAGUGUCUGUAUACCACUAACUGUUAUCAAAUUAAGCAGUCUGGAUAACAUUUUUUUUUUGUAUAAUUUGAAGAAGUAAUAUAAUUUUCUUUAUCUGACUAAUUAUUCGGUUUUAAAAAUAAUUGAAUAGUUCGAUUUUGUAGUAUAAUAUGGCUUUAAGUUUAAUAUCGAAUGUAAAUUAAAAUAAGUGUAUAUUUUUUUUGUUCUUACCAUAACAUAUACCUGUAGGCCAUUGCAUGAUUGGGGACAGUAUUUUAAAUGUAACACAUAAUAUUUAUUUGUUUGAAGAUAGUUCUAUGUCACAAUGAUCUGUUGUUGCUGACAAACAAAAUCCUAGCCAGCAUUGUUGUGAGAUGAAAGAAUUACUUAUUUAUUAGUUUACUUUUAUUACAAAUUGAAUAUUAUAUUCAAAUUACAAGCACUCUGAAGAUAUUGGCCAAUAACUGGCCACUUUCUUACUGGAUAUAUAUUAAUAACAUAAACAUGAUUCUAAAUAAUUAUAAUCGCUGGCAUGAGCCUUUUUAGGGCCUUAGAAAAAUGAAUACAAUUUGAUUUAUAUCAUCAUCAGCUUUUAUCUUAUAUUAAUUGGAGUUCUAAAAGAAUCUACGUUGUAAUUUCAGUGUAUUUUUGUAUUUUUAUGUUAGAUUUACGUAAUAAUAAAUAACUAAACCAAUG